AUGCAUUCGAUCUUGCCUCAGCACCGUUUCUUUGCAUUUAUAUUUGUUUGUUUAUUUGCUUGUGUCUCCUCCAGCAAAAAUGCCUUACGCGAGAAUUCAUCCCCAACUUUCACAUUUGACGAACUCUGGAAGUUGGAGAACAGCUUCUGGGAAUCCUUUCUCUACCCUGCAAAUUUGAAACAGACUCAAGGCGAUACAACCACGGUCUUUGCGCCGGAUGGAUCGGACCAGUCUGACUUGAUACAGGUGCAAGGCCGUGUUGACAUCACACGCACGUUUGACGGCGAUGAGCUGAAUCGGGAAUAUAUCUUUGGCUUGUUUUCAGAUGCAGAGCAGCUUAGCCUGGUCGGUGUUCCGAUCGCAUAUAAUAUCACCCAGUUCGCUGCCAACGACAACAUCGCUUCCGCGACAACGGUCGUGAACUUCAACGCAACCAGUUUCGGCGUCCUCGUCCCAGUGACAAUCGACACAUGGAUCGAGUUCAAUACCGAUGGCAAGAUUGUACAGUACGAUGCGACGUUCCGUUGGUUCGAGUACCUGCUGGACUUCCUGCUCGAAGGGUUGGCAACCAAAACCAACGCGACUUCACCCGACCAGGCUGUCGCCUACCUUUCAGACCUGCUUGCCACGAAAGUCUGUGAUAUACAUGAACAACAUUGUACAGGCUCCAACCAGCAAUACACCGAUACUGCUGCUUGUUACAACCACUUGACCACCGCUGUGCGGUUUGGCAAAUCCUACGAGCUGGGUCGUAACACAUUGCUGUGUCGCGAAGUCCACAAGCAUAUGGUGCAGUACCGACCGGAAGUGCAUUGCUCGCAUAUCGGUCCUUCUGGCGGUGGAUAUUGCACCGAUGACAUGAGCUAUCUGGAAACUGUGCUGGAAAAAUAUUACAAGAACUCGUGGAUUCCCUAUGGCUAUGGUGCAGGCCAGAAUCCAUGGCUUGCUAACUGA